AUGAUUGGACAGAACGGUGGUAUCAUCAUUCUUCAACGGUACGGCCGAUUACUAAUCAACGCGUUGCGCCUUACAAAACAAGUGGUAAACGAUCGCAAGAGGCCUUUGUUCUUCAGACAACUGCAAGGGGCUGGCAGCAAACAAAAGUCUACUGUUCUGGUGCGACCGCUCCUCUUCGUGACAUCGUACUCAUUAUUUUCAGCCAAGGAAACCAAGGCGGAAGGCACUAAAGUCACUAAAAUGGCCGGAGAAGGUGUAAAAUCGCUUAGUGAGACCAUUCAGCACGCAGAUCAGCUUUUUGAUGAAAACAAUUUCCAAGAAGCAUAUGAUCUCUUGCAAAACUAUACGCCGCAAGAUACGUACGACAUAAAGUGGCGGCUUGCCCGUUGCACCUUCUCGUUGUCGAAAUCGCAGCCUAGCCCUCGAAAGGAAGAGUUGGUCCGUGAGGCAUUUGCUUAUGCGGGUGAAGCACUGAAAUUGAACGAUGGUGACUUUGCUUCCCAUAAGUGGUAUUCUAUUCUUCUGGAUGCGAAGAGUAGUUUGGACGGAGUAAAAGAGCGCAUCACGCAGCUGGAGACAGUAAAAAAACAUAUGCAGCGUGCGGUUGAAUUGAACCCGAAUGAUCCUACCAGUUGGUACAUUCUGGGCCAUUUCUACUUUGGUUUGGCUGAUCUUCCGUGGUACCAGCGCAAGAUAGUAUCCACAAUCUUUGCGACACCGCCAACCGGAACAUACGAGCAAGCGCUGGAAUGCUUUGAAAAGGCGGAAGCGAGUCAACCAAAUUUUUACUCCAUGAACCAUCUUAUGAUGGCCAAAACAUACCAAGCCUUAAAGCAAGCAGAAAAGGCAAAAGAAUUCAUGACACUAGCUGCCAAUGUUGCAGUGUUAAAUGAGGACGACAAACAGUGCAAAGAAGAGGCCACAAAAUUGUUGAAGAAAAUGUAACCACGGGAACAGAAUCUUGGAAAAGGGUGCUAUUGGUUGUGGGGAAAGAAUGAAUGUAUUUUUAUAAUACUAUUUGAUAUUUUUUUCGAUAUAUGCUUUGCUGAAACCAAUAAAUAGAGUCAUUCCAACUAACGAAAUUAAGUAUAACUUCUUUACGGUCACGGUUAUGAUAUGCAUUCGAUUAUGAACGGCGAUAAUCGAUAUUGAUUAUA